GCGCUCAAGCCCCCAGUGGCAAGGAGGGGGGAGCAACGGGGACGCCGAUUGGCUGCGCCGGGGGCCGCCCCGCACCAUGCCGCGUGGUGAUAGGUGGGAGCGUCGCACAGCGCGAGGCUGUGCGCAAGAUGGUGGCGGCGGAGUACCGGGUUAUGAAUGUGGUCGCUCCACAGAGGAAUACCAUCUACUGAAUGAAACUGAAGUCAGAUGGAAGAAUAGGAAUGAAUUUUGGAGUGCAUACUUCUGAGAGAACUUCCCUAAUGAAGUCUGUGAGAUUUGAGACAAUGGAGACAUUGCCUGAACUCUAUGAAAUUUUCCAAGGAGAGAAUACUCUAUUAACCGGAUUUUCCAGUUGGCUGGGAGAAUGGGGCGGGGGAAGCUUGCACGUGGUGGCUGCCACCGCCCCUCACCACCCUGUGCUGCCACCGCUCUGCAUCUGGCUGAAACAUCCACCCUGCGCUGCUGCUGCUCUGUGUCCAGCCGAAAACCGUUGGCGUCAGGUUGCUACUGUAACAGAAUAUGGAGCAUUUAUAAAAAUUCCAGGCUGCAGAAAACAAGGUCUUGUUCAUAAAACCCACAUGUCAUCCUGCCAUGUGGAUAAGCCCUCAGAGAUGGUGGAUGUUGGAGACAAAGUAUGGGUGAAACUUAUUGGAAAAGAGAUGAAAGACGACAAGUUGAAGCUGUCUCUUUCUAUGAAGGUUGUCAACCAAGGAACAGGAAAGGACCUAGACCCAAACAAUGUUUCCCUUGAUCAAGAUGAACGGAAGAAACGUUCAUUCAGAGACUACACUAGUCAAAAGAUCACCCUUGAAGCUGUUUUGAACACCACUUGCAAGAAGUGUGGCUGCAAAGGUCAUUUUGCCAAAGAAUGUUUCAUGCAGCCUGGAGGGACCAAGUACAGUCUGAUUCCAGAAGAGGAAGAAGCAGCAGAAGAAUGUGAAGGAGAUAAAAAGCUCAGUCAGCCUGACAGUUCUUCAAAGAAAAGAAAAAAGGAAAAGAAGAAGAAAAAGAAACACAAGAGCAAGGAGUCCUCUGAUUCCAACAGUUCAAAUAGCUCUGACUCGGACAGCGAUGGGGCUCAGCCAGCCAGCAAGAGGGCCAAGCAUUCAGAGAAAGCUAGCAAGUCUCAGAAGAAGAAGAAAAAGAAGAAGCAUAAGAAAAAGCACAAAGAGUGAAAGGGUGGUCUCUAGCAAGGGACCUUGGCAUGGUGAACUCCCUGUCUCCCUGCUCUAGCCUUCUGGAGUAAGCUGCCAGAGAGAGCAGAACUCAGUUGAUACCUGCUUGUUCUAAGGACAAGGGAUUUUGUUCUACUCAAAGCAGUAUGCAGUUGUUGAUGUUAAAGAUGCUGACAUUGAAAUUAAUUAUCCACUAUUAAGCUAGAAGUGAGCUGCCAUUUUCUCCCACUGAGGGGCUGAUGGGUGUGCCUGCCAAAAUACAUUGAUUACACCCAUUCAUCAGCAACUCUCAUCCUGUAGCUUUAAGGUCCUUUGGGUUAGCUGCCAAUGGUACACUCAGUUUCUCUGGAACAGCCUUGGACCACCUGUCAGGAGUAUGCAUGAUAUCAGUGCUAUAUCCAGUUGCCUGUGAAUAGAUGGAGCUAUGCCAUUCAGGUUUGGUCUCUCCAACCAGUCCCUUCAGAGCAUUUGAGGGGGAGCCAUUUCACAUCUUCUGAGCUGAUUGUCUAGUGGAACCUCCUCCCUGCUGAUGCUUGCAUAGCAGUCACCUCUCUGCAUAUCAGGCCUUCUCUGCACACUGGGAUUGUAUCAUAAUAAUUGUGCAGUUAGGGCUCCGAUUCAGCUGCUGAUAGAACAACUGCUAGUGUGCACACAGUUUACUGGCAUAAAUAUCCUUUAUAUGCUAGAGCUCGUUUCCAUUCCCAUAGAGAAAUGGCUUUCCUUAUACAAGGCACUGGUAUAACUGCACCUGUUCUACAGGGGCUGAACUAUCUAUAUUACUAUACUUAAAAUGGUAUGGCUUUUAUGCGAGUCCAGCCCACGGUGUCAUCUCCUCUGCCUGUAAGCAAUAGCAGUGAGAUGGUGGCAAUCAACUAAAUUAUGCUGAAGAGAGACUUGCAGUAAAUGUUAAUUGUGUUGGUACUGUUAGCUAUGUACAUUAUAAAAAAUACAUAAAUCUCUAAACUA